AUGGACAAUGAGCAACCGCACCAGGAGCUGGUCAAGUGUGUCGUUGUGGGAGACACCGCUGUCGGAAAGACCAGGCUGAUUUGCGCCCGUGCCUGCAACAAGCACGUGUCGCUAUCGCAAUUGCUGACCACCCACGUACCCACGGUCUGGGCCAUCGACCAGUAUCGAAUUUACAAGGACGUCCUUGAGCGUUCAUGGGAGGUCGUUGACAAUGUAAACGUAUCACUCAGGCUAUGGGAUACCUUUGGAGAUCAUGAAAAGGAUCGAAGAUUUGCAUAUGGAAGGUCAGACGUUGUUCUACUAUGCUUCUCCAUAACAAAUCCUGUAUCUUUACGGAAUUGCAAGCGGAUGUGGUAUCCAGAGAUCCGACGAUUCUGCCCUCAGACUCCGGUCCUGCUGGUUGGUUGCAAAAACGACUUGAGAUACAUGUAUCGUGACGAAACAUAUCUCAGCUACUUUCGUGAUCGUAGUCCAUUUGUAAGAGCAACGAGGAAGAGUGACCUAGUGAUGCCGGAUCAAGCACGAGCCGUGGCCCGGGAGCUGGGAGUCCACUAUUACGAGGCAAGUGUCUUCACUUACUACGGAGUGAAUGAAGUCUUCGAGAACUCGAUCCGAGCGGCUCUGAUAGCCCGUCGUCAGCAGCGAUUCUGGAUGACCAAUCUGAAACGUGUCCAGCGGCCACUUCUCCAGGCUCCUUUCUGUCCGCCCAAACCAAUACCACCAGAAGUAAAUCUCGCACCCAGCACCUACGAAGAAAACAUGAAGGCUCUCUGGAUGCGACCUGUUCAUACUGAUGUCACGCUGAUAGUCGGCAGCUGCACUUUUUCAGCUCAUAGGUGUCUUUUGGCCGCUGCGUCUCCGGCUUUUCAUAGGCUGUUUUCUAUGGAACUUGCUCAUGAACUUACUCCUAGGAGCUCCAGUGAAAGUAGUAUGGUUAGCACUUUUGGAGAAGCUACUGUUGGUGACUUUAAUGAUGAUACUGAAUGUCUCAUACGUAAUGAUCAAGUCAAACCAGCUAAAGUAUGGGAACAAUUAAAACGACGAUCGAGUUUUCAAGUUUUGCCAACAAUGGAUCAAAGAAAACCAACAGGAGCAUCUCGUGAAUUAAACCAUCCAGCUUUUCAAAACAUCCGUAUUAAUCUUACAGAAAAUUCGAACGGUGUCCAACAACCGACAACAGUAGUUACACUUUCAAAAUUGAUAACGCCUCAAUCAAUGCAGCAAUGUCUUCAAUUUAUCUACACUGGAAGCUUGGACAAGCGUUACCACGAUCUGCAAGAAAUUCGACAGGCCGCUGAGUUUCUUGAGCUCCCGCAAUUGCUCAUGGUACUUGGUAGCAUUCAGGCAAGGUCCCAGUUCAUGAACAGUGAUUUAAAUAAUCAGUAUAAGCAAGUUGUAAGACAAAGAUUAGAAGAUAUUUGUUUAGAACAAGGUUUAUUUGCUGACGUUAUUUUUGAACUGGAUGAUGGAAAUAUGCCAGCGCACCGUGCAAUUUUAACUACAAGAUGUGAUAUGAUGAAGGCCAUGUUUUCGGGUGAUUAUCGUGAAAGUAGUGCUAAAGUUAUUGUUUUUCCCGGUGUUCGCGAAUAUACAUUUCAUAAAUUUCUUUGUUACUUGUAUACCGACCAAGUGCCACCGAUAUCAUCAGCACGUUGUCUAAACCUGUUAGAGUUAGCAAACAGACUGUGCUUACCACGGCUGAUAAACCUAGUUGAAAGUAGAGUAAUUGAAGAUCUAGAACGAUUGUCUCAAAACGACGGAAAUGAAGCUGUAGAAAGUUGUCUGAGAUUACUAGAACCCUGUAAACUCCACAAUGCUAAUCAACUAGCCGAUUGGUGUAUGAACCAUCUAUGUGUUAAUUAUAAUAAACUCUGCAAAAUGUCACCAAGAAGUGUCCGGCUCUUGCAUCCGGAUAAUCAAGAGUACUUGAAUGAACAUCGUUGGCCACCUGUUUGGUAUUUAAAAGACUACGAUUAUUACCAAAAAUGUCUAGCCGAACUGGACAAAGAAAACAAGCCGACGUUGAAACGUAAUCGCAACCAGUCGGGUUGCCUCUGUUUUGCAGGGUCGAGCAAGACCUCGCGAAAAGAAGAAACUAAUGGAAGAUCGGGUGUCUCAAAUGGAGACUCAAAUGCAGAACGCCCGUUAUUCGAACCAUCCACGACAGAAUCUGGUGAGGUUGUAUGA